AUUCAAAAAUAUUAUACCUUCUAAGUCAGAGACCUAUAAGACCUAGAGUAAACCGUCGAGAGCACUGAGUUGUGAAUGCUGCACAUUUGAACCGCAUGUUGCCACCUUCCCCGCGUGACGUCAGCCCAGUUGUUUUGGUUCUCUCGGCCAAUCGGAAGCGCGCUCGCACUUCUACAGAAGCCGAGGUGGGUCCAACCUCGCGCCAGCUUUUAUCCUCCGUUACUCAUCACAACGCCCCCUCGGUAGGGUGCAUGCACGGGGCUCUGCUUUAAACGGCAGCUCUGAGAUGGAAACCCCAUUGCAGUUGCAGAACGAUUUCUAUCCAGAGCAGCAGCACUAUAAGCAGCACCAGCAGCACUACUGCGGACGGGAGGAAGAGCGCUCCAUCAGGCACUGCACCUGCAACAACUCCUCCACCUGCGAGGAUGCCAGAAAAAGCCAGCCUUUGCACGGGACGCCGCUGGGAACUUUAAGGACACCGUCCGUCUCAUCUUCAACCAGGCAAGGCGCUCAGUACAGCGAGUUCACGCCCUCUAGUCAUGGUAGUUCAUCCAGACACCAUCAUCAUCCUCAUCGCGAUCACAACCGGCAGCAAAUUCGGGGCAGUCCGGCCAGCAGCCACAGAGAGAGUAACUCUUACACCCAAAUAGCCAUGAGCAGCUGCAGAUACAACGGCGGCGUGAUGCGGCCGCUCAGCAACUUGAGCUCGUCCCGCAGAAACCUGCACGAGUUUGAUUCGGAGUCCCAGCCGCUGCAGCCCGUCUCUGCGGCGGACGCGUCCGACACGCUCGCCUCCAAGCCGGAGAACAACUCCACCACCCUCAUGCCUUACUCGGCGGGGGACGGGGGAGGCGGAGGCGGAGGCGGAGGGGGUGGAUGUAGCGGCAAAUCGGGCAAAAAGAAGAACCAGAACAUUGGACAGAAGCUCGGACACAGGAGGGCCCUGUUUGAGAAAAGAAAGCGUCUGAGCGACUACGCGCUCAUCUUUGGGAUGUUUGGCAUCGUGGUGAUGGUCAUUGAAACUGAACUCUCUUGGGGAGCCUACGGAAAGGAGUCACUGUAUUCUUUAGCCCUAAAAUGCCUGAUAAGCCUUUCUACAAUAAUUCUUCUUGGGUUGAUUAUCAUAUAUCAUGCCAGGGAAAUCCAGACUAAUGCUCAACACAUUGCUCUUGAAAUGAUACCCAUUACCAUAGAAUUACAAUCUGAUUAUCUUCAAUAGUACUGCAUCCUCUCCAUUUCUC